GACGGGUUUUGGGUUUUCAAAAUGCCCACAACCCGGAAGCAAGCAAGAGCUCGCCAUUCGCCAUUCUCUCACCUUCCCCUUGAGAUAUACCACCUAAUCGUCAAUGAAGCGGUCAAAAGUGGUGACAUUGCAUCGCUCAAGCGUUUGCGGCUCGUGAGCAAGCAAUUCGCGUCCAAUCCAGCAGUACUUGGUGCACUGUUUCGCAAAGUCACUUUGACCAUUUCUCCGGAUCGUUUGAUGCAAGCCACUUCUGUAAUGCUGCCCUAUGUCAAGAACAUCACGUUUCAACCAACAGAAUAUGCGUGGGGGAUGACUCGGACUAUCUUCCGAGAGAUUCAAAAUAUUGCUUCAACUUCUCGAGUGCCCCCCACUAAAGAUGAGGUGGAUGCAGGGUUUGAAAAGCACAUGUUACAAGCGAACAGACUGCGCGAGCUGUUUGAGAGCGGCAAGUUGGCAAGGUCUUGGGGCAACAUGAUGAGUCGAAUGGGUGAGGGUGUUACAUUUGAGGUGGGAGAUUGGGCAUUCCAACCCUCCAAGCUCCCGAGCAGAACCCCGCUGGAAUGUGUUGCUUUUCCACAUCGUCACCUCCCCAACGACAAGAAACACAACGUCAAGAAAUGCGCUUUGAUCUAUGGAUCGUUCGGCGAGAAACUCUUCGACACAGUCAUUGCAAGUUUGAUCACGGCAAAGGUGCGCCCCAAAGGACUUAUCAUCCGUCAUCAAGUUCGGGGUGGAUCGAAGGAGUCGUACAUGUGGGCCCACGAUGGACGUCUGGAUCAGCUCGAUCUUUCCAACCUACAAACCCUAUGGUUUCAACCACAGAUACCCAGGUGGGAUGAUCAUGACGACCCUUUCGGGCACAAGGCACUUGCCAUAGAACGGUGGAGGCUGAGCAGCGUCGUCACCAAUCUAUUGGAGAAGACUGCAUCGAGCCUCCGGGAGUUUUAUCUUUUCCCUUAUCGCAACUAUGUGAUGGGCUGGCCGAUCGCCGAGAGGCAGAUUAUUGCACUUCCUCAGCUGAGAAAGAUGCGUACAUACGCUGUCUACGACAUGUACCUCCUGGCUGAUUUGGUGCGCCAGGCGCCCCAUCUGAACCACCUGACUAUGUACGGUCGACCUCUGCCAGGCAACUGGCGGGAGUUCUUUCGUGCCAUCAGGUACCAUCCUUCGCGCAUGAUUCUUAGCAUGCGCGAAAUUGUUGUAAACUAUUUACACGGACUAGGAAGAUGGGACCUGAAUUUGAAGAGAUACGAUACCGCGGCGAGAAGCACACGCAAACAUUACCAGAACAACCCGUUCAACGAUACCAUGUACAGCUUGGAGAACUACAUAUCCAACCACGGCAAGUGGAGCAAAACGUGCGAUUUUGUGUUUUUGGAGGAGAAUGCGGAACACGAUUGGGCCAACGAUUGGCACUAUAGCUUGGCCAAUGGGAGGUGGCCGGGUCUGCCAUGGACGGAUGACUAUGAGAGCGAUGAAGAGGAAAUCAGGUUUUGGAAAGGCGAUGCGUACAACGGGGAGCAACCCAUUGAUGACGAAGAAGCAAACGCCCAACUGACACGCGAUUUGGCCGAGGACGAUAGAGCGUUUGAUUCAUACGAUGAUGAGGAUGAGGAUGAGGAUGAUGAUGCAGAGGAACUCUACCCUACACGAAUGCGCAUCAGACGCCCACUCCUUGAAGAAACUCUGGAAUUCCAUCAAUACGAAGAGAGUGAGGACAGUGAGUUUUGA